GUUUCUCCGCAAGUUUCCUGCGUCAAGAUAUUAAGAAGGUAAGGUUAAAAUAGAAAACUGACCUGACCUAGCGAAUCCCCAGUGUUCAGUCUGCCUUUAAAUCGCACUCCAUACGACUGCUCUUAUCUCGCAUAUCCACCGCUCUUCUACGGUUGCUGGUUUCCACGCUCCAACGUCCUUUUUCGAACAGCACGCAACGCUCACAAGGCGGCCAUGUCUUCGAAAAGUCGUGCACUUCUCAUCGCCAGUCCCUAUGGCGGACUCCGCGGACCGGAGAACGACGUCGAAUUAAUGGCCAGUGUCCUCAAAAAGUAUGAGUUCGAGGUGGUGAAGUGUUGUGGUGACGAUGCUACCCGAAACCAAAUCCUGUGUGCAUGGCAAAAACUCAUUUCUGAGAGCUCUGCCGAUGAUAUUGUUAUCAUUUACUAUUCGGGACAUGGCGGCGUGGUUAAGUCGAGUCAAAACACAUGUGAUCGGCAAGGAGGAUCCGAAAAGCCGCUACUCUCCCAGUUCUUAGUCCCGAUGGACUUCGACAAGACGACGGAGGACGAUUUCAGAGGGAUAUUGGACAUCGAAAUAUCGUACAUGCUGAGGGACACGACAAACAAAACAGAAAAUGUCACGAUCAUAUUGGACUGCUGUCAUGCGGGGCGCAUGGCCCGUGACCCCCAUCACAAUAAUCAAGCGUGGGCACGGAAUCUGCCAGAAGUCAAACAUCACGGCGUGCUACUAAGCCACAUGGAGCGGCUUCGGCGCGAAGGGCAUUUGACGGGAGACACCUUUGUAGAGGGUAACCCACACGCUGUACGGAUAGCAGCAGCAUCAACUACCGAAACUGCUUGGAGUUAUCAGGGCUUGCAGGGCCAGCCUAUAGGAGUAUUGACGGAAGCGCUUGCGACUGCCAUCGAUAAAGCACUUGACCAACGGUUAUCGUGGAGAACCCUUCUCCUCGGGGUAAGCGAGAUUGUCAACAGAGAGUUCCCUCAACAGCACCCCCGAGCCGAAGGGCCUAACACACGCAUACUCUUUUCAAAGGAACACAUGACGUCCAGAGCCUUGCUUGUGAAAUUGGAGCAUGGCGAUGCGAUACUCCAGGGGGGAAGAGUCGCGGGUGUCCAUGAAGGAAGUGUUUAUGACAUCAUGCCUUUCGGGUCGGAGCUGGUAGACAGGGAAACACGGGUCGCAGAGGUGAAAGUCAGGUACGUCAAUGGGUUUGAGGCAAUGGUUGAGAUAACUUCCGGAAGAAUCCCCGCGGAAGGAGGUCUUGCCUUCUUGCAGAAGGAGGCUCUGCCCAAACUUUUCGUAAAAUUUCCGGACGAUCUCCCGACUCUUGGAGUACGACUUGGGCAAUCUAAAUUCCUCCGAUGCGGUGAGCCUGGCGAGAAGCAGGCUCUGGUUAAUAUCAAGAAAGAAGGGCAACGCAUUGUGGUGUGCAAGGGAGAAAUGGUGCUAACCUCGCACCAGUUCACCGAUGCCACAAGAGGGGCAGCGAUUGAGGCUAUUGUCGAUGAUGGGGAAAGGCUCGCUCGAGGACAUCACCUUCUUACCCUUGGAAGUGGAGAAAACGACGAAAAGCUUGACCAUGCAGUGGAAAUCGAAUUCGGCCGGGUUGACAAUGGCACAUGCGUGGAAAAGUUUCAACAGGACGGGACAGCUAAUGUGACAGAAAACCAGCGAGUCUACAUAAAGCUUCGUAACGGCGGGAACAGUACUGUCUUUGUGUCCGUAUUCGAUGUUAAUGUCGCCGGCACGAUUACUCUGGUAUCGGGCACAUCGCCAAGAGGGAUUGAACUGGUGUCCGAUGACAAUUACAUGCUCGGGAAAGCACAGUUCGGCGGCGGCAUUAGAGGGCUGGGACUCUCUUGGCCGGGGCCUGUUCCGAAAGCAGGGCAUGUGGAAGAGACGCUAGUAUUUGUGAUGUCGAGCGAGGAAGUUAGCCUCGAGCAUCUAGCAGAUCCGAAAAGGUCUAUUGAGGCUAGAGGCGGGGUUUCCUAUUUGGAAAGGAUCACUUACCACUUGGCGUCCGGCCAAGCACGAGAUCUCCAGCCUGAAUCUCGAGGCCGUUGCAUUCGUUAUGCUGUCCGUCAUAUACCCUUCUCACUCCGCCCUCAACAGCCGGUACAAUUGUAAUCGGGGCAGACUCCCGGUACCUCCAUAUCUCUGGCUAUGCUCUCUUUUGAAUUGCCACUCGCUUACUUCAAUUUAUGAUCUAUCUCAACGUGCCAUAUUCGUUCAUUUGCUUUCAAAUACAUCUAUCAAAUAGAUAGUCGCUCACUCAACUCAAAUCAAAAUGCUCUCAAUUUACUACUU